AAGAGACGACCAUGGUGUAUGUACCCGCGCUGCUGGGACUGCUGUUGACGGCCGCAUCAUAUGUUACCGCCCAGACGGCGUGUGUGGCGGGCAUGAGGUCCCUCCUCACCAACACCUCGGCCUACUGGUUUGGGACGCGGUACGAGACGGACUGCCCACCUGGCAACGUUGGCCUUUGGUGUAGAAGUAAUCGUGAACCAUCCAGAACCUCCCUCCUCACUCGACUGAUGGGAGAUGGCGCCACCGACCCCAGCGGUCUAGCCUUCGUCAUCAACGUCAGGUACCCUAAUACACUUCCAGUGGAUGGAUCUGACCGUACAUACCCUGGCUGUGGGAGGAUAGUGGAAGCACCUUUGAAAAGACCAGAACAUUUCUGCAUCAACCCCCUCUGCAACUCCGUGUAUUCCCCUUUCGACCUGCGCGAGGAACCGGGAGUGACGUGGCCAGCGGAGCAGAACGCCCUCUACACUGUUAUGAUGUAUGACCCCGGUCCGUUCUUCAUGCAUGCGCUCUACGUCAACGUCACCGGCGGCAGACUACAGAAUGGAGACACUAUAUUUCCCUACAUUGGGCCUGGAAACCCCUUUGACCGGGUCAACCCUUACUUGUGGCUCGUGUUCAAACAACAGAGGCCACUGGACGUCUCACUGAUCCCCAGCGUCCGGAACGAGAUCUACUUGGAGGAGCUUAUAUCGCAACUUGGGCUCUCGACGCAGUCGUAUGGCAUCAACGUGGCCAUGACUAAAACGGAUGAGUACGCCGCUGUCUUCCUCCGCUCAGUUGGUUUUCUGAACAGAUGUCCAGCGUAUUAUGGACAGUGGUUGAGCAACUACAUUCAGGAAAGAGGUGGACUCCCAUCCCUUCCCGCGUGUCUUGAUCUUAGUGUAUCCAUUGACGUCGGCUUCACGGCCCCCGCUAUAACGUACACAUCGUGCGGAACAGUGUAUCAGAAAAGCCCAGUAAACGUCACUGUAGAUUAUCGGAACAUGGACCUAUUAGGCGCCGUGGAGACUCGGAACUCCCCCCAGGUCAGUCUGGUUCCCCUGGCGAUCAGAGGUCAACCCCCCUCGGUCACACUGAGAGACAAGCUGUACACCCUGUUGAUGUACGACCCCACCGAGGAGCUGGGACAAACUGACCAGAACGCCUACGUCCAUUGGAUGGUGGUCAACAUCCGGGGUACUGACAUCACUUCCGGUGACGAGGUGUAUGACUGGCUACUGCCAAUGACGUCAACGUUGAAUCAGCUCUACCUGUUUGCCUUGUUCGAGCAGAGGGCGUCUAUCAGAACCAGAAGAGCUGGAUCCUUCGGAGGAACAGACUGCCAUCCAUAUAUACCCAGGAGAUGCAAGUUCAGGGCUGGAGAUUUCAUCCGCAAGAACAAUCUCUCCCUGGUCGGCCUGAGACACCUGAGAGUUGUCCCCGACACCUACCGUCAGUACAUGGCGUACGCCGUGACCAAGCUCCAAACCCGGGACCAGGCCUGUUGGGGACAGGUCGGCGAACGUCCGCAGUGUCCAAUUGGCUAGUGAAUUUGGCGAAUAUGUAACCAACCCUGUUUCUUAAUAAAGGUGUA